UGUAGUUGCCCCCUAACAAAGGCGACUUGCUGGAGACUUUGUUUCUCCGCUUCCGGGGCGGAACCUCAACCUUUCGUCCUCUCAGGGCGCGGAUAAUCGCAUUAAUCAGAUCGAGAGUACAUCGUCAUCUUUAAUUGACCCGGUCACCCACCCUUGUCGGGUCUUAAUACACAAAAUACAAUUCUCAGGAUGAGAUCGACACUCCGGUUGUUGGCCAACGUCAAGCCCCGGUACUUGGAGCCGUUUGCUCCCACCGGGUUGACCGGCCUCCUCACUCACCCCAGCCCUCGCCCGACUUUGAUCUUCCUUUACCAGAGCGUUCUUGAAAAGCUGCAGCAUUUCCCCGAGUCGUCUGUCUACCGCCAGUCUACAGAGGCGCUAACCCGCCGACGCCUGCAAAUUGUCGAGUCGACGAAACCGCCUGGUUUUGAGCAAUGGUUGGAGCGUGUGAAGAAGACUGUGGGCGCCGAGCCUGAGCGAUUCGCCAGUCUCCUCUUGAAAAACGGACAGUACGCUGCCUCUCAGCAAAGCGACGGAAGCGAAAACCCUCGUGGAGAGGAGUGGAAUGGUGACUCCGUCGAGACGGCGACCGAAGGCCCCGCUCGUACCGCGACCCAGGAAACGCAAUGGGAAAAAUUGAUGGAAGAGUCCACCAAGGAGGCUCACGAGUCUGAUUUCUAUAACGAAACUAUGAAGUGGGAGGCUGAACCCGCUCUUGAAGCAGACCAGGUUUCCGAGAUUGAAAACCAGAUCGGGGCCGGUCUCAUUGAGGAAGUUAUCCAGGUUGCCGAGGGUGAGCUGAAGCUCGUCGAUUACAUGUAUAAGUCGGAAGCGUGGGGGGAACUUGAGGAGAAGCCCAGCCCUGGCCAGUGGAGCUAUUUUGAGCGGGAGUAAACGCCAUAAUUCGGUUUUGUUCAACUAUGACAUUUGUAUUUAUUAGCCCACGAGUUCGAGGAGGAACACCUCCAUGAAACUUAUACUUUGACACAAAAAAAGAGAAUUUAUUCAUCAAUUGCCUUCCUGUCGC